ACUGCUCGCUCAUGGUCCUGGUUUUGCCUUUCGGAGAAUGUAUAUUGUAAAAGAUAUACAGCUCUGGAGGUGUUCGUGGCAAAGGGCUAUAUAUAUUUAAUCCAUUUAAACCUUAUUCGUUUUGGAAUUUGCCUGUUUUGGACAUAUAUGGAGUAAUACAUAUCUGAAUGACAGCUGAAUAUAAAAUAUGAUUAUCAGUACAUUUCGAUGAAAAGAACUUCAACAAUGGAUUUAGUUUCGUUUCUUUUGUGUGUUGCGAGUUUUACAACAGUAUUUAUAACUUCAGUCUAUUCGUCAUGUUCAACGUGCUUAACAAGUGGACAAUGUCUACCUCCAGACUGUUUCUGCUGCCGAGGAGAACUUGGACUGGACAUGCGAUCCUCUGAAGUCCCACAAAUAGUUUUCUUUACCUUUGAUGACGCAUUAACAGAUAAGGCUGCUGAAUUUUACAAUAGGCUGUUCAAUAAUUCCCGUUUAAAUCCUAAUGGUUGUCCAAUAUCCAUGACCAUGUUUAUUUCGCACACGGAUACCCAGUAUAAUCACGUGACUGAAUUUCAUCGACGUGGGAUGGAGAUUGCUGCACACAGUGUCACACAUAAUCAUAUGAACCAGCAAAACUUUUUUAAAGAGGCACAAAAUCAAAAACAAAACCUGGCAAAAUACGGAAAGUUACCCGAGACUGAUAUUGUGGGUUGGAGAAGCCCUUUUCUUGAACCUGUCGGAGAUCUACAACCAGAACAGUUAAAACAGUUGGGGUAUAUGUAUGACGCGACCUUGACCUUCAGUAAACGAAAGUUGAAUGACACAGCUCCAACUCCGUUUACUCUCGAUUUCGGAUGGCCAUAUGAUUGCAAAGUCAAGCCAUGCCCACGUGGUCGUCAUCAUGGAUUCUGGGAAGUUCCAGUUGUAUCGUUGCUGGAUUAUUUACAUAGAUACGAUUGUGUAUAUGUGGACGGCUGCAUGAACAUACCGCCAAACGAAGAAUUAGCCUAUAGAUUUCUAAUGGAUAAUUUCAAUAGUUACUACCAAAGAGAAAAAAUCCCGUUUGGAAUCAAUAUGCAUCCAUCUUGGUUUUAUACAAAUGAUCGACUUAACGCAAUGGAUCGAUUUAUUACUUAUCUUGUUUCGCGACCCGAUGUUUUUAUCCUCUCGGUAAGAAAGACACUAGAAUGGCUAAAAGAUCCAACGCCACUCUCCAGAAUUAACGGUUUCCAGCCCUGGCAGUGCAAAUCUUCUGCGGAACGUUUUAAUGCUCCAGUCAUAAAUCAGCCAUUCAGACCUAUGACAGAGCGGUCGUUUGUUCCUCCACCCCCUCCGUUCCAAAGGUCAAAUUCCCGUCAACAGUUUCAGUCACGACCUUCCCAAAACGAGGUUGUUCAAAUGUCAACACAAAAAUUAAUGGAACAGCAAAGAAAGGAAGUUCGGCGUCAAAAUGCUUUUGCAAGGAAGUUAGCAGCGGAAAGGCAAACUUUCAAUGCAAACGCACCAUGGUCAGAGAGAGUACGCUCUCCUCACAUGCCAGGCACUCCCCUAAUACAGAACACGGGUAUAGAAGGACCUCCAAAGAUACCUAGUACACUGAAAUCAAAGGAUGACUCUGAAAUUCUGUCUAACGCAUUUAGUCAGGUAUUUUGGCGACACACGCCUAGAGAUAACACUGCAACCAACCAGGAACUUCCUAGUCGACGUCAUUCGAAAAAGUGGGGACGAACCAGUAUUCAGUCCACACAGCAGCAAAGACCAAUUAACGAAUCGCCUAAAUUUGAGUUUCAAUACAAAAUCCCCAUUCAGUCAAGAAGAAAGGUUCAGACACAACCAAAAUACAAUCGAACAAUAUCACGAUCUCAACUUAACAGAAAGCUUGGCAUACAAAAUACAGUAAACAAUAAAAGAUUUAGCAUUCCUGGAUCAAAUCCUCCAGUGCGAAGCAGCAUAAAUGGCGGGGAAAAUACUGUAAAGCCCCCGCCACUAUCAGUGAACAACCAACAGCAAGUGCCAAGACCUACAUCAAUGUCUAUUUACGAAAGGAUGGAACAACAGAUUCUUUAUGAACAGAAGUUGAAAAAACAACAAGAACAAUACAAAUUAAAACAAAGGCAAAAAUCGGAGAAAUUAAACAUUGACAAAGCGCAACAACAAAAGCUAGAGCAACAAAUGAAAUUAGAAGUAGAAAGAAAACGACAAAAUGAAAUAGACAGGAUAAACAGAGAGAGAGAAACUAGAAGUCGACAAGAAUAUCUUCAAAGACAAAGAGAUAGUAGAAGGCAGAGACUAAUAGCAAUAAGAAAUAGGAGAAGAAAUAGGAAACCCGUUCAAAGACAAGUAUCUCACUCAGGGUCCAGAAUGUCGGUGUCACCCCGUCGGUCGGGGGCGGCAUCUUCGAGGAAUUCAGAAACGAGGUCUUCUAGAAAAUCAACCCAACCUUCUCGUACGUCGGGGAGGAAUCAUAACGAAAAUCAAUUAGACAGUCGUUGGAGCAGAUUAAUUGAUCUUCUAAUUGGUACUGUGCAUUAGAGUUACGUAGUAAGUACUACUCCUGUCUUUCACUUCAACUUGUUUAUAUUAGUUGAUUAUACAUUUGUCCAAUAGCCAUUAAUGUUAAUAUGGAUGCAAAUCGUGCUCAUAACCAUGUACGGUUGUGUUACAUUUUCGAGGUAUUUAAACACAUUAUGAAUGAUCUACCUUAGGUCAUACUUUAGAGAAGUUCAUUGAAUUAUCAUGCAUAUGUAUUGUGUUUGUGUCACCUAUUCAAAAACAAGUUCUGACGGAUUUUCAUUUUUACUAACGCCAUGCGCAUGUCAUUAUAUUUAUGCAGAAAUUAUUUUUCAUGAAAGACAUUUUGUCUAACAUUAUUAUCAUAACAAUAUAUAUAUAUACCAUAUAUAAAUCUGCACAUCUUGGCAGUUCUGAAUUUCAUCUUUUAUGUUAAUUACAUAGGUCAGAGAGUGCGGGCGUAUAUCUACAUUUAAAGGGUAAAAAGACAUUUAUAAUAUGAAUUGUUUAUUAAUACAGAUUUGUAUGUAUGAUAGCUACAAAGCACGUAUGUAUGAAUACACCAUUGUAACCAUAUAAUAGAACAAUAUCAUUUCCCUUAGAAAUACAUUUUAAAUCUUAAUGAUUUUUUUUCUAUUUACAAAUGCUUUGUAAUGAUAGCUAUUAUCCCCCGAAUGUCAUUAACUACUUCAAAAACACAUUAAGAUUGUUGAAAUAUUGUUCUAAUAAUGUUGGCAAGAAAUUAAAUUUGACAACAAAUAAUUAUAUUUGUAAACAAAUGAAUUAAUAUUUAGAUAAGUAUAAAUGUUAUAUAAUGUAAUGGUUUUAACUUAUAAAAUUGAUAGUUUAGUUUACAAUAUAUCAGCCUGGACGUAUUGACACAAACCUUCAUCACAUGUAUAUGUGUACCAUUGAAGCCAAGAUAAUGAGUAAUGGCGUAAUUAAGUAAAACUAAAAUGCACUUGCGUCAGUUAAUAUAAAGAGUGAAUGUAGAUAACCAAACCUAGUAUACUGUAAUACACGGAUAUACGUGUAAUUUAAUUGCACUCAAUAGGUCGUAUUCUGUCUAUCAUGCUUCCCACACAGAAGAAAAUUGUAUAUUAUGACGUUUUAUAUUGCUUAUUUCCCCAGCUUUGGCCGAACGCACAUAACUGUAUGGUACAUAUCAGGUAGACAAUGUACACUGGCCUAGCGGCCAGCUGACAGUUGGUAUGUUACCUGGACAUAGUGCGCCAUUGACUCACAACCAAUAUUAUAACAUCAUCUUAAUGCACUUUCAUUGCUUUCGAUUUAUUAUACAAGUGCUUUUGUCUUUUUCCCAUAAAAGACAUGUCUCAAACCUUGUCUGGUUAUUAGAUUCUUUGUCAUUACUCUACGUGUUACAUUGUCUUUUGUGUUGAAUAAGUGUGUUAGGUUGUUUAUGUGUUUUUUUUCUGUCGUGUUCAAAUGUCGAUGGUUUUAAAUAUAUCCUUGUUUUAGAUGGUGUUUAUUUUGUCAUAUAGUGAUAAAUUAGGUCUUGUCGGUUUUUUUUUAGAUUGCCCUGUUACUUUGCUGUUUAUGUUUGUGUUGGUUAUCUAAGAGUAAGAAUGUUGCAUUCUCUCCUUAUAUCACGGCCAGUUCGUUUGCUAAAGGUGAUUUUAGUUACUGUACCUGUUGUUUAGCUUGAUUUAUAUUAAAAGUGAAUAUCAGUUACUGGUAUUUUUUCUUCGGACCAAAACUAUUAUAAUUGUCGAUGGAAAGUUACACAAUACGAACAAAAGACCAAGUGGACAUGUACCUCUCACCCAUAUAUUGCUGUGAUAAUAGCGAAAUAAUUCCACAAGAAAAAAGAUGCCAAUUCAUUUGCUAGAUAUUCCGUAUUGGGAUCAUGUUCCUCUUUGGGGCCAGUCUAUUCAUACACAAUAUAGAACAUAUCAUUUCUUUCUGCAGAAUUUUAAAGGAUAAUAUAUAUUUUUUUCUAUUUGGGACGUCCUUCAUGCCCUUUUGGGCCAGACCCUCACUUUGUUCUACUUCCCAAAGAAUGCUUCUGACCAAAUUUUGUCAAAAUUCAUUCAGCCUUUCAUGACAAGUAGCGAUUUAAAGGAAAUGGCUCAUUCCCUUAUUGCAUCCCGCACCUCUGGUCCCUUGGGGCGCUGCCUCAUAUUGUUCUGUAAAUUCAGAUCCUCAUGUCCUAGUGAUGUUCCAUGUCAACUUUGGUCAACGUGGCCAAGUAAAGUAUAAUUUUUGUUUUUGUUCUGUUUUACGGCUCAUCGACAGUCAGGUUUAUUUAUAUAAUGCAGUAAAACACCAUAUUGAAUCCUCCUUUUCUUUUCUCUCCUGAAUACAUAAUCUACGAUACACUUGUAAUUUUCAAGUUAGUGAGUGCAAUAUAAAGUUGCUGAGUCUAAGUAUAUUUCAGUGUGACGACAUAUUUAAAUAUCCCUCGUCAUUCCGUCAACCGUGGACAACGUCGGAGGAGGACGGUAUCUGCAUUGAUUGUAACCAUUAUAUAUACUAGUUACGUGGACAGUACUAAUAUAUAUGUAUAACGAAAGGGUUAUUUUAUUUUGGUCUAAUUAUCGAUGGACCGUAAAACAAAACAAUAGUCAAAACAUAUCAAAAUAUUUGCCAGUGAACCUCAUCAUUCUUUAUUUGACACAAUGUCGCAUCACAUUGCUAUUAGUUUUUUUUUUUUUUUUUAAGUUUUUUUUUUCGUUUUUAAAAACAUCUUAAUUCAUAUUAUGUAUUGCAACAAAAACAAUCGAUCUGGUAGAACAUUUUGCUGUUAGAUACAAGAAAAGUGUACAAUUGCUGUUAAAACAUUCUCCUGAUUUUGUCUCUCCCUGUAAAAUAAUUAUUUACAAGGAUCAGUUAGGCUUUUUUUUUUAAGAUACAAAAUAAAAAAACAUGGUGUAAAAGAUGAGUGUCGUAUUUUUAUUUUCCAUGUUUGGAUUAAUUAAUAUUCAUGUUCAUUAAGAGUAUGGCAUGUGUCCGUUGCGUUUAAAUUAAUUAAGGACAUGGUUUUGACUCAUUGUGGUCGUACAAGAUGCUUGAUUACAUCUCAAACGUUGACAGCAGGCGGAUGUAACAGUAUGAAAAUAGUAUAGCGAAUAAUAUAUCAUACAAUGAAGAUUGAUUUUUUGUGUCGUAAUCUUGUCAAUAUUUCACGAAAGGUGACGAUACCUUUAAUGAGUUCGAUACAAUCAUGAGUAAACUCUGUUUGAG